UGCUCUGCUUUGCCUACCCUGGUUUUACUUCGCAUCCCGGUGUGACAGUCAGUUGCUUGCUCAAGUACGGUUUAGGUACAAAGUAACAACUUCAAAUUAGCUACACCAGAUUCUUUCCCAGCCUCGCUCCUCACAGGCUGUGGCUCGUGCCAGAGGGGCACCGAUGUUGUCACCGCAGCGGCUGGCGAGGGCCUGCAGCUUCUAUUUCGGAUUCCUCUCUAAUGAAAGCAUGUCCGUCAGAACUGGAUUAGUUCCUCUGUGCCUUUAUUUUGGGAAACCUUACCUGGUCCCUCUGGGGGAAGGGAGAGGGAUCUGAGAAGCUGAAAGUGACCCAGAAAGGGAUGAUUGAAAGUAGAUGUGUUAAGAAGUGGCGCAAAAACGAUCCCACCCUGAACGCUCUGGAAGGAUGAUUAGUGAUUAGAAGCCGAGGUUUUAGCUUUCUCAAAAGAAAGCAACGGUGGCGGUGGCGGAUGUUACACUUGUUACAAGAUGGAAGGGGAAAGCUGCUUUGGGGGACCAACGCUUUGCUUUUAAAACAAGAUAAUGAAUACUUGAAGGGUUUCCACUGUAGGCUCGCUGCUCACCCUCUCUCCCUCCCAGGUAUCUCCGCACCCACAGUAUUUAUCCAGCAUCAAGGGCUCACCCUGACACACCAGGUGGGUGAAAGCUUUUGAACCCAGAGAAGUUCUUUGGGAGGAAGUGAGAGGUGAACACAAGACACAAGUACUACAGACGCUUAGAACUGUUCUGCCCUCAGAAAAAACUCAGAAGAUGAGGAUGGAUUUUCAAAAUAAAGUCCAGUCCCUAGUGAGUAGAUAAAAAAUAAGUCACAUUGUGACACAAAUUUCCCUUUUUAUAAAAGGCAUUCAAACAGUGAGAUUGUAGUAAAAGGAAAUAACUUCCUAAUUCUCAAAUAUAGAACAGCUUCAGUAAUGGGUUUUGAAAUGGGUCAUCUUUAAAAAUGGGUUACUUUGGCUGGAAUCAUUGCACUUGGUGACUUUCAAAUUGUAAAGGGUUGAGUUCUUCCAGAGCCCCAGUUGCAUUAGAAUUUGCAUUUCAAAACACAGAGUUUGAGAGAAAGUGAGAGAAAUUCAGAUGUCUCUUCUCAAAGUAACAAAAUCUACCCUAUUUUAUGUAUGUUCCAUUGAAUGGAUUUAGGCAAAUUAUUAAAAGGGCUCUGCCAUUUGACAUCAAAUCUCUGCCCAAAAAGAUGUAGCCAGAACACUGUAAAUCUAGAAUUACUUUCCUUAUUGUGUGCAAUAUCUACUUAUAGACAGAACAUAAGAAUUUUUAUAUUUGAAGAUUUAAAAACUUGAUCAGGUGAGAUGUGACCUUUGAAUAAAUUCAAGUGACUUUUUACAUUUUGAUGCUAUGAACUCAGAGGCUGGCUUUGGUCUGUAACUUAUUCAGGUUAAUCUUCCAUUGUGAAGGCUUUAAUACUAGAAGCCAGGCAGGCGACUACAGAAGAGAAUGUUCUACCAAUUCUGCAGGCAACAAAACUCCCAAAGGUCAAGUUCAACACUUUGUUAUACAGCCUAAGGCUCAUCUGAGAUUUCAUAUUUUUCUCUUUUCCUCCAUUUCUACAACUCUUUCUAUAAUUUCUUGAUAGUGCGCCAAGCAAACUUAGCUAAAACAUAGACUCCAUUAGGUUUCCUUCUCCUUAAUUUACAGAGCUUUAUAGUCCUAUAUCUGUGUUAUUGUCACUGAAAGGUAUUUUAAGUGCUUGUGGGAACCAUGGUGUUCUUUCCUGUCAAGGAUAAUGGAAGACCAUUUUCAGUCAAUUAGGGAUGAUACCUCUGUUCUCAGACUCAACAAUAUUUGGAAUGUGUUAAGUGGCCCUUAGCAAUUCAGACAGUAUUUUAAUAAACUCUUACCUAAUAUUUUUGAGAAGAAUCAUAAUGAGUAUAGCUCAGCAUUUUGAUAGCUAAAAAAUGUUAGCUAUCUACUAACCCAUAAUGGUGAAGUUCCAUGAAAGGUUUUCAGAGAGGAAAUUAUCACACUUGGUCAAUAAAUCAUCUCAACUGAUUCUCAGCAAACUCUGGUACAUAGCUUCAAGGUAAGUCAAGUGCAGUCUCCAGUAAAUGAGCGGCAGGCCACAGACCUACUUUUACUUUUUUUUCUCAUUCUAAAAUCCUCUGCUUUUCUCUCUCCAUCAGGUCUGAUUCCAGGUUGCAGUGGAACAUGUGUUGAUUCUCCGUAGGGGAUCCACACCUGAAACAUCCCUGGAGUCUCCCCAGCAUCCUGCCAUUGGCCUCCUACACAGUCACAAUCUAUUGGUUUAUACAACAAUUUUAGGAAGCAUAGCAUUAAGAAGGAAAGAAAGGAAGAAAAAGAGAGAGAAAGAGGGACAGAAGUGUGUAUUGCAUAUAGCAAGGUCACAGUUCACGCUCAAGGGCAGCGGUCCAUGAGCCAGCUGCGUGGGGCCAUGCACCAAACGCAAUGAAGGAUGCUGCUGUGGAAGAAUUUUGACAUCCCAGUGUCCUCCUUCUAUAGCAUGUUUCAUUCUUUUGCAACCCUAGAAAAAAUGGUCUUAAAAGCAAAUAUUAUGUGAAAAAGGAAGGUCCUUUCCCAUCUUCAUGACCAACAUCUACUAAGAUGAACAUCUAUUCUACAAAAUAUAAAGUUCUAUGUUCUCCAAGAAGUGAGGAGCACCCAUUUCAAACUCAUCCUAAAUAAAAAACAAACCCAGAUGGACAUGAGAAUGUUUGUUAGUGGCAGAAGAGUCAAAAAAUGUCAGUUUAUUCAGUUAUUUGCCACUUGUUUUAUCCUAAGCCUCAUGAUCUUUUGGGGACCUAUCGAUAAUCACAUUGUGAGUCACAUGAAGUCCUACUCAUACAGAUACCUCAUCAAUAGCUAUGACUUUGUAAAUGAUACUCUGUCUGUUAAGCGCAGCUUGAAGGGGUCUUGCUACUCAUACUUGAUUAACCACAGGGAGAAGUGUGAAGCUCAAGAGGUCCUUCUUUUACUGUUUGUAAAGACUGCUCCCGAAAACUAUGAUCGACGUUCUGCGAUUAGAAAAACCUGGGGCAAUGAGAAGUAUGUUCGGUCUCAACUUAAUGCCAACAUCAAAACUCUGUUUGCUUUGGGAGCUCCUAAUCCACUGAAGGGAGAAGAACUGCAAAGAAAACUGGUUUGGGAAGAUCAGAUGUAUGGAGAUAUCAUUCAGCAAGACUUUGUUGAUUCUUUCUACAAUCUUACUCUGAAAUUACUUCUACAGUUCAGUUGGGCAAAUACCUUUUGUCCACAUGCCAAGUUCCUGAUGACUGCUGACGACGACAUAUUUAUUCACAUGCCAAAUCUCAUCGCAUACCUUCAAAGUUUAGAACAAAUUGGUGUGCAAGACUUCUGGAUUGGUCGUGUUCACCGCGGUAGCCCUCCCGUUAGAGACAGAAGCAGCAAGUACUACGUUUCCUAUGAAAUGUACCAGUGGCCUGCCUACCCUGACUACACGGCUGGCGCUGCCUAUGUCAUCUCUGGUGACGUAGUCACCAAGGUCUACGAAGCAUCCCAGAUGCUGAAUUCUAGUCUGUACAUCGAUGAUGUGUUCAUGGGGCUCUGUGCCAAUAAAAUGGGGAUAGUACCGCAGUACCAUGUCUUUUUUUCUGGGGAAGGAAGAGCUCCUUACCAUCCCUGCAUCUAUGAAAAAAUGAUGACAUCUCAUGGACAUGUACAAGAUCUUUAUGGCCUUUGGAGGGACGCUACAGAUCCUAAGGUCAAAAACGUUUCAAGAGGAUUUUUUGGGCAAAUCUACUGCAGGUUAAUGAAGAUAGCACUCCUCUGCAAACUGACCUACACGGACACGUAUCCCUGCAGGGCUGCAUUUGUCUAAUGAUACUUGAAUGUUGUGUGUUUCCACUGUCACUGAGCCAAACCUGGAUGGAAAACCUUUCGCUGUCUGUGCCUGUAGCAAGUAAAUAUGAAAGGCAAGGAAAUAUUUUAAAAGCCUCGCCUAUCAGAAUAUUUCUUUGAUUGUAGAAGCUGUUAAUAUACCUUCUUUAUUUCCUGGCCUAACUACAUUUGAAGGAAUCCAUAUUUAGAAAUGGUUUAUAUUAUGAAUGAAGACAAAACUAAUGUAAAAUUCACAUUCUUAUUCAAUGCCACAUGCACAUUUGCGGUGUAGAGAGUUACUAAGAUGCAUUGGUAUCAGAGUAACAGCUUUUGGAAAUAUCAAGUGAAUGUAUACUACAGCAUUUCAAAGAAAUUAAUAUGUUAUUAGACCAGGUAUUCCUGUUUAUUUUUGCUAAAGAGCACCUGAUGGUGGGGGCAGGGAAAGGUUGGCAUAGGAGAAAUAUAUAAAAUCUGGUAAAAGAAAAUCUUCUGUUAAGAAGAGAUAUAGGAAAAUGUCUACAAUUUCAUUAUAAACAGUUGAGUCUCUUAAGGUCACAUCCAUGUAGCUAUUUACCUAGAUAGUGUUAACAUCACUUAAAAUGUAUUUGUAUCAUUCUUUCAAAGUUUAAUGUGAAAUUUGAGAAGUCAUUAGCUCUGCCCUAACUGGUACUUUGUGUGGUAGGUUUUUUCUGCUAAUAUUAGAAAAUGACACAAAACAUGGGCAGUUUGUUGCCAAUAGGGGCUUCUCUAGGGAGAAAUUAUUGUUAAUUCUAAUAUGCUCCUUUUAACUUAAUGAAUUUUUCAACUAGUUUUUAUGGAUUGAGUAUUGGUCUGUGUUUAAGGUAGUUAUUUGAAUGUUGUUUGCAGAGAGGAAUAGAAUAAUGGAAGAGACUUUGGAAGGAAAGACAGAACAUUACAGGCCUCUUUUCUCUGUAAUUUAUAAAAUACAAUCUUAGUAUCUAAAUCAUUGUACUGAUUACCAAAAUCAACCCCUCUCUUCCCAACACAGUCUCAUAAACUACAGUAUUUUGUUCUAAGUUCAAUUUUAAGAGUAUUGAACAUCAAAUCAGAGUGAUAUUAUCUAAAACAAUCGAUCUUUUGAUCAAAUAACUGUCAAAGUUGAUCUUUAUCUUUUAAAUAUUUCAAACAUGAAAGCAAAAUAGAAGUGAUAGAGAAGUUGCCAGGGUGAGAGUGAAAGCAUUUUAUUUGUAAAGCUGCAUUUGUAAAGCUGCAUUUGUAAAGCUGCAUAUUCUUUAUUAGAUGUGGCUGAGAGCUAAUAAAUUAAAUUAUAUUUAUUUUACAAAGUAGGAGAAGAAUGUGGCCAGGAUGCAAACAACACUUUUACCCCCUAAGACAGAAAGAAUUAGGUGACAUGUUUUGCAAGCGAGAUUCUGUAAAGGCCAAAAUAGUGACUUCAACAAAAACAGCUGAACUGAUUAUAAAACCUUUGGCUGCAGAAGCACCUGUUAUGGAAAAACUCAGAAGUCUCAUUUAAUAAGAGGACCUCAGAAACGGGCAAAACAAAACUAAAAGGAUUCCUCAGUAUAUACAACUGGAUGGUGAUAAUAAUUCUUAGCAGGUAGAUGUUUAAUGUUUACAAAAACCUUUUUGUUAAUUUUUUUCUAUUUUGAAAUUUGAAGCUUGUUUACAUUGCUUAGAUAAUUUAGCAUUUUUAAGUAAUGUUAAGACUACAAUGUCAAACAUCCUAGGCUGUAGUUACUGUAGUUAAGAGUAGAUUCAGAGUUCUAGAUCAUCACAGUUUCAAAUUUCUGACCAAUCUUAACAACUGUAGAGAACAAAAGCACAUUUUGACAAAGCAGCUUUAAAAUUAAUUUUAUUAGUUGAUUGUUUAAUAAGUAUUCAUCUUUGGGCCAUAUAUACCCUAUGGAGCUGUACUUGGAACUGUUGAAAUUUGCCAUUGGUUGAAAACAUCAGUAUCUCUCUGACCAUUGAAGUGAUCUUGUUUACAGCAAAACUUUUGUGGAACAGUAAUUUAUUUGUUGAAAGAGCUCUCUUGAAAUCUUUUAUUUUUGCUUAGAAUAGACUGGAACAAGUUUAAAUUGGAAGGACAUAUGAAGGCACUUCCAUGUUUUGUAAGAAGGAAGUUGCCUGAUGAUUCCUUUAUCAGAUUUUAAGUACUAAGAAGAGUGUUUGUAAGGAGAAGUGUUCUAACCUUUCUAAAGGAAGGGAAAAACAUUUUUGGUGCUCCGAUGCAGGGCUAUCUUUUUAAAAAAUGUCAACAAAGGGAAAAUAAACUGCUAGCCUGGAUGGUCACUUGAGUAAAAGAUGAUUGUACACAGUGUUAUUGUUUAAAACAAUUUUUUACCUCCUGGUUGGUUUGCAUAUUUUUUCCAUAUUAAUUUUAUACCAAAAUGUUGAAUAUUUAUAUUAUUUGAGUGUUGCUUUUUAUGGCAAAAUAAUUAGUGGGUUUAAAGAAAAAUCUAUGCUUUCCAAUAAACAACCUAAAAACUGUCA